AUGGCAAAAAUUUAUAAGGAUACCCAGGUCGACCUCCGGCCGUACUCGUCGAGCACCGUCGUCAACAUCCCGAUUCCCACGCAAACGAGCCCCCAGAACCGCCCUCGAUUCUCGAUCUCUACGCUCACAGGCCAGGACGACUUCGUUGCGAAGGAUGAAGAAGACUUUGCACGGCGAUAUCUAGCAACGCAGGGGUCGGUGUAUUUCCGCAAACGUAGCGUUUAUCCCCGAGCGUUCCUGUGGAGAGUUGUCAACGAAGGCAAGACUCUGGAGAUUCAAUGCGUGGAUUUGACCAAGGGUGGGAUUGAACAUCACGAAUACAACGUCACUCUGCGCUUGGAUUUCCACGAAGAGAUCCUCCCCUCGGGCGUUGACUUUGCAGACUUGGAGGAGCAUGAUGUGUUGAAUGUGUUUGUGAUCACAGCCUCCAAGGAGCUGCAUACGCUGGCCCUGCGCCCGGAGUUUUUCAGGAGAGCUACCUCAAUUGAUGAGAACGUUGGGGAUUGGUGCAAGUCUUGUGUUCCGGCGCCCCUGUCUUUUUCACACCCGCACCGAUUACAUGCUAGCAGUCCGUUGGAGUUGUUCAUUUCCCUGGAUAAUGGUUCUCUUCUGCGCUUGACUAGGAGGGCCGCUGAUGAUGGUUCGCAUUGGUCUCCUCUGACCUUUGAUGAGAGAACUUGGGGUUCCUCUUUCCGCGGACUGGUUAGGUGGCACGCGCAGCCUUCGAUCAAGUAUGGGGGACGCACUCUCGACCAGAACGCGGCAAACGCAAUUGCUACGACAUCCGAUCAGACAUACGCUUUCGCGGUCUGUUUGAAUCAUACAUUGAAGGUCUGGAACUUGGCCACGAAUAGAUUGGUCGCGACCAAGGAUUUACUGGGCCGCGAGAUACAACAAACCGAUGCGCUAUCGUACUCGCUGAACCCCUCUGAAUCGUCUUUUAUCCGGGUCUUUAAUGUCGAGAGGGCUCUGGAGGGUGGAUAUCGCUAUUAUGUGGUUACAUAUUCUCCGUUUGAAGAUGGAUGUUUCAAGUUCUGGGCUGUGAAGGGAGGCUUGACCUCUCCCUUGAUUAUUGAAGAUCUCUUCCCCGACGACACGCUCCGACCCUGGGAUCCGGAUUCCACUGGCAAUAUGUUCUGGAGUAUUGCCGAUUUCCAGGUCAAGCCGGCGGAAGAAGGGAAACGCAUGGAACUGUGGGUCUUAUGGAGAAAUAGCGGCCUCUAUCAACUUUACACUCUUCACUUUAACUUUGAAUCUUUGGUGUCGGAUUGGGCGACGAAUUGGACCUCGACUGUUUCAGAUACCCGCAGACAAGAACCUCCGCCGCGGAUGGCGCUAAAUGAUGUCGUGGACCCGACAGAGAAAUGGUUGAAAUUCCUCCUGCACCCUAACAGGUUUUCACCAGAGAUUCUCGAGACCGCACUGGCGAUUUACCAGGAAGCUCUCAAACCUUUGUCUUCCUCCAGCGUGCUCAAGAAAGGCGCCUCUCUUUCGGAACGCCUAUGCUCGACAAUCGCGGCGACAGUGUCUCUGCGAAAGUUCGCUGAUGAUGAAAUGGAUUUCACACGGUAUCGCACCGAUGCCGACUCUAAAUGGCGGCAGUUCUGGCAAAUUGCGGAUGAUCUUAAUAAGAAGAAGUUUGAGCCUCUUACGCUUGCGUACGAUGCAUACUACGAAAUCCCAUGGAUUCUGCUCUCAGAUAGCUGUGCUGUGGUUCGGGAAUGCAGCUCAACGGAGCUGUUGCUGCACAACUCGGGACCUGUCCUCCGCAACGAAGGCCCCAAGAUUGUAGAUCGAUGGAGGCAUCGAAAUCUAGAGUCAGAGCUUGGUGACUUGUUUGAAGAAGCGUCGCACCUUAUCACCGUUGCUUCUGGGUUCAGGAAGAAAUUCUCAGCAGACCUUGAGGCAGCUUGCCAGGGUGCGAUCGAGGUAGAAAUAUUUGCGGAGCCCUCAUCCUCCGUCCCGGACAGGAUGGAUGCCUUCCGUGAGAGGUGUGAUUUUGCAGAGCAGAUUUCUAACCAGACAUACGAAGAACUGGUGGCUGCUAUGAAUGAACAGCUGAACAUAUAUCAUCUAGCGAGCGAAAUAUUCUACAAGAUCCUCGAAACAAUCCCGCUCGGCUUCCCUGGGAAGGAUUCCGACCUUCUCCCGACCCAUUUUGGAGUCAAGGCUACUGUGAACGGCGUCCAGGAGACGAUUCUUUUUACGCGCCAGAUUCUAACCGAUCUCCUUGUUCUUGUUGUCUUUGUGGACGGCGAGGUGCAACAAGAGGAGGGCUCGGCAUUCGACGCGGUGGAGCUGUUUGUUGAGUUGAUUACUCUUCUCCGCGAAUAUGAGAUGAUGUUGUGGCUCAGCUCAAAUACCCGGAAGUGCACUGAUAAGUCAACAAAGGCCACUGAUGAGCCGUCAACUCCGUCCUUCUCCUUGAAGAAUACAUCCGUGAAUGGUAAAGGAAGGGUUGCCACCAUUCUAGAGGAUCUCUUUGCCACGGACAUCAAACCCCGUCAGACGAUUGGUUUGCCCCAGAGUUAUACCUUGACUCUCGGAAUCCAGGAUGUACUGUCCUGGGUGACUCGUCCGGGCGAGGUAGCAUACCCGAAUGCCUUGGUCUACAUUCAGUGCGACCUGAUAGCGAAGAACAACAUUGACCUCGCGUGGGACUUCCUCAGGUUCCAGGCAAGCACCUCUUGGGCAACCUACGUCAAGGGUCGUCUAUAUGUGGCUAUGUCUGAGCUCGACACCGCAGCCUUGUAUUUCCGCAAAGCGGCCUACCUUCUUUCGUGUGGAAAACCUCUUGGUAACCUGCACGAGAUGUCGUCGACUCUCCUCGACAUUGUCUCCGUAGACUGUUUCCAUAAUGGACUUCCUAAAUACUUCCAGCAUAUCCUGUCAAUAUUUGAGCAAGCGCGUGCGUUUUCACAUGUCUCGGAAUUUGCAAGCUUAGCCCUACAGGCUCUCGCUAGUGAGCAUGGCAGCGAGCAGGAUUUAGAGUCGGCGAGAUUGCGGACAGAUCUCCUUUCGCGGUUGUUCUAUGCGUCGCUCCAAAACUGUCAAUUCGACCAAGCAUAUUCCGCGCUCUCCCGGUACAGAGAUCUUGCAUUGCAAAAAUCAGCUCUCGCCUCCCUUAUCACGAGCAUUCUCGCAGCCUCUGGGCCCGGCACCGCUGGCCUCGCGCAGAUCCUUCACUUCCCUACCUCCCUUAUCCCUAACAUCACUUCCCAUGUGGAUGAAAUCCUGGUUUCUCUUGCUCGGAGGCAAACCUCCUUCACUUCCCUCACCGACACCGGAAACAAGUGGGCGGAAGACACAGUGAAUUACCACAGAAUUCUCCAAGCGUACCGCAUAAAACGCGGAGAUUACCGCGGAGCCGCCGAAGUAGCGUACCGGAACGUCGAACGGCUCCGCCAGGCGCGAGACACCUCAUCCGCCCACCUGGUCCUCAGCAAGGCCAAAGCAAACGACAGCCUCCACCACCACCCUAUCCCUGAAGAAGACGACCCUGAGAGCAACGAAAUCCGCCGCGAGCUCCUGUCUCUGAUCAACCUCCUCGCCUGCGUAGAUAAGAGCGAAGCCUACAUCCUCGUCGAGAAAGACGAUCUCUCAAAUAACCACCGCCGCAGCAGCGCGACCAGCAGCCACCAGCCCGCCGACGACGACGGAAACGUCUUCAUGGACGAUGUCGCCGCGUCUCCCGCAUCCCACCGCGGCUCUAUCGUCGCGCUCACCGCCAGCACGGGUUCCAUCCUCCCCCCACCCGGCGCAAAAUCCUCCGUAUCUUUCUCCAUCCCUGCCGCUUCUCAUUCCCCACGCCACCGGGUCAUCGUCACCCUGGACCACCUACGUCGCGAAUACCAGUUGGAGCUGGACAGAGUCAGUAGGAUCGAAAGAGGAGACUGGGAGUUUGGGAUUUUAGAUGACGACGAAGGCCUAGCUGAUAAUGAUGACACGAUGCUGCUCGCUUAG